AUGGUCACCCGGAAGCCAGUUCCCCAAGGUGAAGGUGCCGGCCCAAGUCUCGCUCGAAACUCGCCCCCCGCCGCCUCAUCCCCCCCGCCAUAUCCCUUAACACCAAUCUCGACUGAUGUGCCUCCGACGCUGCGAAUUCAGGAUAUGCGAAGCGAUCUUCUGCCUUCCGCGGAUUCAGAAUAUGAGGGCGAAAACGUAUGGAGCCGAGAAGGAGCAGGGGCUGGGACAGAGCUCUCGGGAGAGAAGGUAUAUGAACUACGACCACCAUACGAACUUCCCGGUUCGUUGCAGAUUGGGACUCCGGGACUUUCCAAUAGCGCCUCGAAGGAAAUGCUGAGACCGAGUCCUACAAGUACCAAUCCGUUUCUGCAGAGACAAGCCCAGCAACAUGGAGCCGAGAAGCAAAAUAGCGCACCCGCUUGGGGAGGUUUCUCUGAGAGACCCCCACAACCGCUCGAAGCUCCGCCCCGUCCUCUCAUAACUCAAGGGGGAGGGCAUGGUCAAGCAGAACCCCCUUCCUACCAAUUCUCCAGUUUAUCGGUCUCGGAACCGAGCACAAAUCCAUGGCAGCCGGCACUGGACGAAAAGCCCCGUGUACAACCCCCUCCGCUACCUACGGUUCAACGAGAAGACUCCGGAAAUGAAGCGUGGUCUAGUACUGUACCAGCUAGACAAGCCCCCUCCCCGCCGUCGGAAACGUCACAGCAGCCAGUCCUAGUCGAUAUAGAUGACCCGGAAUCUCCUGCUUGGGAUGAGGAUGGCGAUGACGAUGACGAUGAGUCUUCUCCACCGGCAGCGCAAGCAGCACCUGCCAGCAAUCCACAGGAGGCGCAGCAAAUCGACGAGGAUCGACACAUUUGGGAAGAGAAUCAAGGGCCUGAAUUAAAACAGGAUGCUACCGUUGCAAGUCAAUUUCUUGCUCAGGAAGAUCCGGCACAGCCUAGUGAAGGCUGGAACCUUAUUGAUCAUGAACCAGUGGGAAGUGGUACUCAACAGAAUGGAGUUGUAUUAAUAGAUCCUGCUACGCAAUCUCAGCCAAAAGCCGAAUCGGAUCCCGGUCUGCUUCAUCGACCACAAGACCUCCCUCCUCAAUCUGACAGGUCCAAUAUAACUUCUAGCAAUCGAAGUGCUUCCCCGGCCCGCAUACGUCAAAUACCUGAAUCUGUUAUUCGAGCGCAGAAGCAAGAAACUUAUGAGAUCAAGAAGAUUUCUUGGCACGACGUUACUGCUGCCAAAAACCCCCGAGUUUCUCCUAUCUUGGUCCAGAACGCGAAUGGUCCAUGUCCCCUCCUUGCUCUUGUCAAUGCCCUCACACUUUCAACACCCGCAGACGUUGAAACGGCAUUGGUGGAAACCCUUCGAUCACGUGAACAGGUCAGCUUAGGAUUGCUCUUAGAUGCUGUGUUUGACGAGCUUAUGUCGGGUCGACGUGGCGAUGCUGCGCAGGAACUACCAGAUGUCAGCGACCUAUACUCAUUCCUUAUCACACUUCACACCGGGAUGAAUGUCAAUCCUCUAUUUUUCGCACCUGCUCCGGCUAAAACAAGGCAUGAUCCUCGCAGUUCAAUGUCCCAUGUUCAUCCCAGUGAACGGGAAGACGCAAUACCAGGGACAUUCGAAGAUACCCGAGAAAUGAACCUUUACAGUACAUUUUCCGUGCCACUAAUACACGGCUGGCUACCAGAGCCUGGUUCUGCAGAAUACACCGCUCUUGCUCGCUCCGCAAAAUCCUACGAAGAUGCUCAAAAUCUCAUGUUUCACGAAGAAGAGCUCGAGGACAAAUUAAGGAACGAAGGCCUGAGUUUCGAAGAACAAGCCACCCUAGAAGAUAUUGCUACCAUCAAAGCUUUCUUUUCUAGCAAUGCGACGCAACUUACCCGUUUUGGAUUGCAAACGAUUACAUCAUCAUCAGCGCCAGGAGCAACUGCUAUACUGUUCCGCAACGACCACUUUUCAACCUUGUAUCGACAUCCAGAUACCCUACAACUUCUCCAACUCGUAACCGAUAUGGGCUAUGCCGGCCACGAAGAAGUAGUGUGGGAAUCCCUUAUCGAUGUUAAUGGUGAGAAUGCCGAAUUCUUCUCCGGAGAUUUUAGGCUCGUGGGGGGCGCGCCUGCUACUCCUUCGCACUCCAAUACCCGUGAAUCUGGCAGUGGUUGGCCCGCUGCCACCGAACGCCGACAAUCACAAAAUCAGAACCCGCCUAAUCUAUCUUUAAGCCCCCCUGAUACCCAACCUGUAUCGCCACGUAGCCCCAACAUCGAACAGGAGGACCAUGACCUAGCACUAGCGCUCCAACUACAAGAGGAGGAGGAAGAACGCCACCGAAAUGAAGUUGCUCGCCAGCGGCAUGAACGCGAGUCCCAGUUAUCACAACAAUAUAUCGACCAACAAGGUUCAGAAAACAGCAAUGUUCCGGUAAAUAUGCGUGGUGGUCGAGGGGGAAGGGGGAGUCAGAACAGAGGCCGUGGUGUAAGAGUAGUUCGACCCACGGUAGCUCGACCGGAACCCAUACCACGCCGGAAUAAUCAGCCUUCAGCUACUCCCGCGCGUGCAGCAGAUCCAGAAGCUGGUAUUGAUGCCCCUCCUCCCAGUUAUGAGCAAGCCGCAACUCAAGCAGCCUACAUCCCACCAGCGGAUCACCCAAGCCAUCCCACCGCGAACCCAAUUAGCCCCACCACCACUGGGCGGAGGACGAGUGCAUAUAGUUCUACCUCCUCAGGGAUACAAGCGCAAACCUCUCCUGCUGUGGGGAGAGAUAGAAGACAAACGACAGCUCUAGUUGACCAAAUAUCUCCCUCAAGGAGGAAUAUGGGGCCGGGAGUUGCGCAACUGCACGUAAAAGAGAGGGAUUGUAUCGUUAUGUGA